AUGGAAGAAACAAUUCGUGAUGAUUGGUUUAUGGAGGAUUAUCCAUGGUUAUUCAGUUUUGAAGGAAUUCUCAAUUGUUUUGUAACCGAGUAUUUUAACCGAAAUGCACUCAUUUCUAAGGAGAAAUGUGACUGUGGAAAGUUCAAUGGCUAUCCUAUUGAUCAUGAUCAUCAUAAGGUGUUGCUUGAUCGUUUGGUAACAACUUGUCAUGAAAGAAGGAAGAAGAAGAAAGAUGAUGAAGUAAUUGAAGAAAUUCGUCUACAUGAAUGCAAAUAUGAUGAUGAAGUUCAUCUUCCUUCAUCUUCUCGGUUUUCCAUCAGCCUUACUUGUAAGUCCACACCACACUUGUUCUUAUCUUAUUCUGGAAAAUCAAGAAACAUUCGAAAAACCUUAGGGUUUCGCUUCUUAUCAUUGGUGAGGUCGCGUUUCUUCUUAUCAGUACUAGGGUCUCGUUUCUUAUCAUCAGUGAGUCCUCGUUUCUUCUUAUCAGUAUCAGAUUUCAUCUUGGCGAGGGGCCAGAUUGACAAGACCUGUGAGACUUCUGAGAUUGCUCCAUGUUCCUUGUGUGGCUGUGUGAGGAUACAUAGAUUAAUGGUUGCGAUAGGGGUUAGCAAAGGUCCUUAUUUCUUCUCUACCAGGUGUUGUGUUUGCCUGAGAGUGAGAGUUAGCAGAGGUAGGAACCGCUGUGAAGCUUUCCGCUCCAAAACCCCAACUGGUGGUGCCGCCUUCAACCGCUUGCUUGUUCUGGUGCCCAUUGUUUCUUGUUCUAAAAGAUUUGGAUUUGUUUCUUGUUCUGGUGCCUUCAGCCGCUUGCUUGUUCAAGACAUCGUUCAAAAGUUCCCACUAGACAUUAAGAGUCUUGACAAAAGUUGUUUAGGUCCUUUGAGGAAAGCUUAUUGCAGCUCUCUUAAUCUACUUUUAAGGCAUGAGGCACAUGAAUUUUCUAAUGAGCUUAGAGCAAUUACAAAAGCAUCAACAAAUCCAACUGUUUUGCUCGAAGGUUCAACUGGUUCAAAUCAAAAUGUAAACAAAGCAGAUACUUCCACUGCUCUGAAUAAUAUGCCAAAAUGCUCACCAUAUUUAUCCCACUCCUUUUUGAUGAGUCCAGCAGGACUCAUCACAUGCAUGACACAAGGAACUACUAGUCUUCUUAGUAAUACAAUUUAUGCCAUAAGUGAUGCUGCCACCCAAGAUCAAGUUCCAGAGAAUGAUGUCAAAGGAAUUUCUAAGGAUAAACCACUGUAUGAUCUAUUUGUUUCUUUACUUUAA